AUGGUCUCGAAGGAGUGCAGUGCUGUAUUGCAGAAUAAGGUGCUGAAUAAGAGGAGUGAUCCUGGGAGAUUUAUUUUAUCAGUGAAGAUUGGCAACAUGAUUUUCGCACGUUCACUCUGCGAUCUGGGUUCAAGUGUAAACUUGAUGCCAUAUUAUGUAGAAAAGCGACUGGGGUAUACCAGGUUCAAACCGACAAAGACCUCGCUGAUGUUCGCUGAUAGGUCAACCAAAUUCCCUGUUGGUAUGCUUGAGGAUCUACAUGUUCAUAUAGGGGAUACACUAAUCCCAGAAGAUUUUGUGGUUCUGGAGCUUGAUGAAGAACCCAAGGACCCUUUGAUAUUGGGUCGAUCCUUCUUAUGCACACCUGGUGGAAUCAUCGAUGUGAAAGGAGGUGUGGUGGGAGAUAUGAUGGUGAGAUUUGAGAUGAACAAGCUCAUGAAGAAGCCAAUAUUGGAUGGGCAUACAUUUAUCAUAGACAGGGAACAGUCACAACAAGCCAUUGGAGAUAAGGACAAUCUGCAUUCUUUCUUCCAAAACAGAGCUGUGAUUGCCCCUCCAGCGAUUCAGAGGAAAGAUUUUGAGAUCAAACCUCAGUUGAUCUCAUUGGUGAAGCAGCACCUCUUCCAUGGGCUCCCUUCUUAUGCACAGCUGGUCUAG